CACACAAACACAACAGCGUCACACGCACACACGUACGCGAUGGUCGCCCCCACCCCGCCUGCUACGCGUCCACAGACAGGGCGCCACGGCGAGCGGUUGCACGCCGCGUGCCUUGUAUAAAGUCGGGGGCCGCCUUCCGCUGUGUUCUCGCAUCUCUCGCCACUUCGCAAUUCGCCAGUCGCCACCGGCACCACCACACCCACCCUCGCGGCCGCGAACAAACGACCCACUGACCACUGGCGGGCUGCACGGCAGCCAUGUCUGCGCCGAAGCUGGACCGCAACCCGAGCAUCCGCGACCGCGUCGAGGACACCCUCCACGCGCACCGCAACGAGCUCGUCGCCCUCCUGUCCAAGUACGUGAACAAGGGGAAGGGCAUCCUGCAGCCGCACCACAUCCUCGACGCGCUCGACGAGGUCCAGGGCUCCGGGGGCCGCGCGCUAGCCGAGGGACCCUUCCUCGACGUCCUCCGCUCCGCGCAGGAGGCGAUCGUGCUGCCGCCGUUCGUGGCCAUCGCGGUGCGCCCGCGCCCGGGAGUUUGGGAGUACGUCCGCGUCAACGUUCACGAGCUCAGCGUCGAGCAGCUCACAGUCUCGGAGUACCUCCGCUUCAAGGAGGAGCUUGUCGACGGCCAGCACAAUGAUCCCUACGUUCUCGAGCUUGACUUCGAGCCGUUCAAUGUCUCAGUCCCACGCCCAAAUCGGUCAUCAUCUAUUGGAAACGGUGUGCAGUUCCUCAACCGACACUUGUCCUCAAUCAUGUUCCGCAACAGGGAUUGCUUGGAGCCCCUGCUGGAUUUCCUCCGUGGCCACCGGCACAAGGGGCAUGUUAUGAUGCUUAAUGAUAGAAUACAAAGCUUGGGGAGGCUUCAGUCUGUGCUGACCAAAGCUGAGGAGCACUUGUCAAAGCUCCCUGCUGACACACCAUACUCACAAUUUGCUUAUAAAUUUCAAGAGUGGGGCCUGGAGAAAGGUUGGGGUGAUACAGCAGGGCAUGUUUUGGAAAUGAUCCAUCUCCUUCUAGAUAUUAUUCAAGCGCCAGACCCAUCUACACUAGAGAAAUUCUUGGGGAGGAUCCCCAUGAUUUUUAACGUUGUUGUGGUAUCCCCUCAUGGAUACUUUGGUCAAGCUAAUGUAUUAGGCUUGCCAGACACAGGAGGACAGAUCGUCUAUAUACUGGACCAAGUCCGUGCACUAGAAAAUGAGAUGGUUCUCCGUUUAAAGAAACAAGGGCUUGAUGUUUCCCCAAAGAUUCUCAUUGUUACUCGGCUGAUACCAGAUGCAAAAGGAACAUCAUGCAAUCAGCGGCUUGAGAGAAUUAGUGGAACACAGCAUACUUACAUAUUACGAGUUCCCUUCAGAAAUGAAAAUGGGAUACUUAAGAAAUGGAUAUCAAGAUUUGAUGUGUGGCCAUAUCUGGAAACAUUUGCUGAGGAUGCUGCUGGUGAAAUUGCUGCUGAAUUACAAGGUACUCCAGACUUCAUAAUUGGAAACUACAGUGAUGGAAAUCUUGUGGCAUCGUUGCUAUCUUACAAGAUGGGAAUUACCCAGUGCAACAUUGCUCAUGCUCUGGAAAAGACUAAGUAUCCAGAUUCAGACAUAUUUUGGAAGAAUUUCGAUGAGAAGUACCAUUUCUCCUGUCAGUUCACGGCUGAUAUAAUUGCUAUGAACAAUGCUGAUUUUAUCAUCACCAGCACAUACCAAGAAAUCGCUGGAAGCAAAAAUACUGUUGGACAGUAUGAGAGUCAUACUGCCUUUACUCUGCCUGGUCUGUACCGAGUUGUCCAUGGGAUCGAUGUCUUCGAUCCAAAGUUCAAUAUAGUCUCUCCUGGAGCUGACAUGUCCAUAUACUUUCCACAUACCGAGAAGGCCAAGCGACUCACCUCUCUUCAUGGUUCAAUCGAAAAUUUGAUUUAUGACCCGGAGCAAAACGAUGAACACAUUGGGCAUCUGGAUGACCGGUCAAAGCCCAUCCUCUUCUCCAUGGCAAGACUCGACAGGGUGAAGAACAUAACGGGGCUGGUCGAAGCUUUUGCUAAGUGCGCUAAGCUGAGGGAGCUGGUAAACCUUGUCGUCGUUGCCGGGUACAAUGAUGUCAACAAGUCCAAGGACAGGGAAGAGAUCGCGGAGAUAGAGAAGAUGCAUGAACUCAUCAAGACCCACAACUUGUUCGGGCAGUUCCGCUGGAUCUCUGCCCAGACAAACAGGGCCCGUAACGGCGAGCUCUAUCGCUACAUCGCUGAUACCCAUGGUGCUUUCGUACAGCCGGCCUUCUAUGAAGCGUUCGGUCUCACCGUCGUUGAGGCCAUGACCUGUGGACUUCCUACUUUCGCGACGCUCCAUGGAGGGCCAGCUGAGAUCAUAGAGCAUGGCGUCUCGGGCUUCCACAUUGACCCGUACCACCCCGAGCAGGCUGCUAAUCUGAUGGCCGACUUCUUCGAGCGGUGCAAGCAAGACCCAGAUCACUGGGUGAAAAUAUCUGGAGCAGGGCUGCAGCGCAUAUACGAGAAGUCGGUGCUGGAAAUCCUGUUCUACUCAUGGUUGGUCUCUAGUGUGAUGCUCAUUUUCUUUCGUACGUGUUGCGUACCCAGGUACACAUGGAAGAUAUACUCAGAGAGGUUGAUGACACUGGCCGGGGUCUACGGUUUCUGGAAGUACGUGUCGAAGCUCGAGAGGCUGGAGACGAGGCGCUACCUUGAGAUGUUCUACAUACUGAAGUUCCGCGAGCUGGCGAAGACCGUGCCGCUUGCAAUUGACCAACCGCAGUAGCUUGCGCAACUGCGACUGCGUAGCACUUGGUACAAGACUGAAACCUGAAGGACCUUCAGUAAUUUAGGCGCGGCAGACGGUAGCCAAUAAAAUGUGCCGGAGCUGAACUGGUUUUUAUUAUGUACAUAAUGGCAGUAUAACAAAAUUACUGAAGGCAGGUGGGUUGCAGUUGUGUGUUCGUUACUGUUUACUGUAAUAUGUCAAGCUGUCGGCUGCAAUUUCUUUGCUGGCAAGCCGCAGGCACUGGUGAAGUGCUGAUAAAUACAUCAUAUUCUGUUGACCUGUGAAGAAACUUGUUCAAGGUAGAUUCCAUUGUACUA